UUCAUGUGAUAUUGCUGCAAAGUUGAAGCUAGUACUAGUAACUAUUUGUAAUUCGACCAACUUCAAAUGGCUGGAGAAGGAAGUAAACCGAACGCAACUAAAGAUGAUGCGUAUGCAUAUCUAAGGAAUGUGAAGGAUACAUUUGAUAACGAUCGUGAAAAAUAUGACGACUUUCUUGCGAUUAUGGAUAAUUUUAAAGCUAGGAGAAUUGAUAGAAAUGGUUGCAUAGAAGAGGUGAAGGAACUAUUUAAAGGACACCGAGACUUGAUUUCGGGUUUCAAUAAAUUCUUGCCAAAGUAUUUGGAGAUCGCUGAUUGGUACAACUUAGAGGGAAGAGCCGACGAAGUUGCUUGCUAUGCAAGGGUGGGUGAAAUCUUGAAAGAUCACCAGAAUCUUCUUCGUGGUUUCAAUUCCUUCCUUCCACCUGAGUCAAAGAUAACCAUUCCUCUCGAGGCUAAGACAACCAUCAUGACUUCAAAGGCUAAGAAAACCAUCAAGCCUCUCGAUGAUGAUGAUGAUCACAAAGUGUUAAGCCAAUCACAAACCAUGGCUGCCACAAGAGUAGCCCGAGAGCUAACUUUGGGUGAUGCGCUUCCUUACAUUGCUACUGUGAAUGAAGCAUUUCGUGACGAACCUGGCAAAAAAAAGGAGUUUUUAAAAAUCCUGAAUGAUUAUAGAUAUCAAAGAUUCGAUCGCACAAAUACCAUUGCAAAGCUUAAGGAACUCAUGAAAGAGCACCCGAAGCUGCUUCUUGGUUUCAAUGUCUUCCUUCCAGAUGAGGAUAAGAUAACUAUCAUUCCCAAGAUUACGAUAACUAACCUUUCCAAGAUCAAGAUAACCAUUCAUCCCAAGACUAAGCGAACCAUCCCUCCCGAGUCUAAGAGAACCAUCCCUCCCGAGGCUAACAAAGGGUUAUGCCAAUUUCAAAACAUUGAUGAAAGAAGAUUACCAACAAUGCUAGAAACGGAUCAUGAAAGAGCUUAUGAAGAAAUCAUGAAUAAUAAAUAUCACCGGAAACAGAUUCAGCUUUUAGCUGAGGCUAGUCAGUUAGCCAUCCCUACCGAGGCUAACAGAACCAUCCUUACCGAGGCUGAAAAUCAUGGUGCUGAGUCUAACUGUACCAAAAGAAAACGUGAGGAGUCUGAGGAACCAAGUUUUUUCGACAAGCUUAAGACAAGGUUUCAGAGACUUGAUGUUCAUGUAGUGAAGUCAUAUUGCGAGAUAAUGAAAACGUUCAAAGAGGGAAAGAAGUCGAAAACAGAGGUGCACAAGGAGGUCGUUGAUCUUCUCUAUUAUCAUGAAGAUUUGAUCGAGGACUUUUCCAAAUAUUUUAAACCAAAAAAAUCCUAUAUGAGCUGCAUCAAAAGCUCUACUUGA